UAAUUUACUUUAUCUCUUUUUUUUGCAACCAAAAAGGCUUUGCUUUGAUUAGGGGGUACUUGAAUUAAAAAAAAAUUCACAGGGGGUACAUCACUGAAAAAAGGUUGAGAACCACUGUUAUAAGCGGCCCUAAAUGCAAACAAUUAGUCACACCUGCACUAAGGCAUUUCACAUUUCUCGUCUUUCAAUAAUGGAAUUUAAAUAUUUUUCCAGGAUGCGUGGGAACCCCGUUUUUCAGUAAAAGUAUGCAUGUCGUCUUUUACACUUUUAAGUGACAUGGCGUAAAUACUAUUAUUUCCAAUUAUUCCUGAAAUCCCCGAACGCAGCACUGUUAGCGCUACUAUGUUUUGUGUUAGCAUUUAGCCAGCAAUGCUAACUUUUUGAGUGCUAGCCUACGUGAGGACAAACUAGCUGAAAACAUUUAGCUUCACUUCAUUAUUAACGGAGGUUCAAGCGGUCGCUAAAUGUGCAAAUGGACGUCGACGAGUGUGUUUUAUCGGCAGCCAGGGCCGUGUUGGAGCUGGCGGAGCGGGAGUGGCAGCCUCUGUCUGAGGCCGAGCUGGAGCAGCGCUUGGACCAGGCCGUGGAACAGAUACUCGAGGCGGAACUCGUCAACAAAGUCAAAAGUUUGCAUCAGUCAGAGGUUUUUGUGACAGGAAAGCCGCAAGAGGCUGAUGUGCAGCUUUCACAGGCGGCUGAUACUACUGCCGCUGCCCGGGAGAGAGUGGAGGCAGAGCGGCCACAGCAGUGCGAUGUCGCCGUGGAGCAGACAACCGCAGUCAAGUACAUCACAGCUGUCCUUCAGGGAUCCAAAUCCAAGUUCCCACUGACGGGCCGGGCCCGCUUGUCCUUGUCUCAAACGGUCCCGCUGUGCCUUGCCCUCAUGUCGGAGCGCGUCAGCUACCGCGCCUUGUCCCGCCACUUCGGCCUGGAGAAGGGGAACAUCCACCGCAUCUUCUUUCACUUCUGCCGGCGCGUCAACUCGCUGCAGGAGAAGCACGUCCGCUGGCCGACGGGAAGCGAGGCGGAAGCUGUCCUCUUCCCGCUCUUUGAAGGGGCCGACGAGGAUCGCGCUCAAGGUUCUUGUGUUCCCCGAGUGUUGGGAGUUCUGGGACACACCCGGAUUCCCAUCAGGCUGCCGGCAGGGAAACACGCCGUGCCGCAGGCCAAGAGGAUGAGGAAAGAGGACCACGGCAACUCUUGGCUCCGCUUGGAGCUAGUGUGUGACCGUGCGGGACGCUUCCUCCACUGCAGCGUCAGCGAAGACCAGGACACGGACGGCGGCGUCGCUCUGAGCCACAAACUCCAGCGGAACCCUGUUACUCCCGGCUCGGUGCUGCUGGCCCGGGUCGGCUACCCGCUCACCGCUCACAUUUUAACGCCGUACGCCGCGGGAAGUCUCGGGCGGGGAGAGAAGCUGCUCAACGCCACGCUGGAACCGCAUCUGCGCAUCCUGGAUCAGGCAGUAGCCGACCUUAAGGCCAGGUUCCAGAGACUCCAGUGCCUGGACAUCGGGAACUGCAGCCGAGCGCCGGCCGUGGUCUUGACCGCCUGCGUGCUCCACAACCUCCUGUUGGACAUCGGCGACGUCGUCCGAGGACGAGUUGGAGGGGAGAACGUUUGGAGCGAGGAGGGAGAGGGAGAGGAGGAAGGUGUACGCCAACGAGACGCCAUUGCAGAAAUGUUACGUUCUCAAAGCUCCGGAGAGUAAACGUCUAUUUGUGUGACCAUCUUUUUUACAGUGCAACAGAUUUUUACACCAAAUUACUGUGAAUUAAAAAUCAAUUCCACUGUUAUUUGUACAGUAACAUCAUGGAGACUAAGCUGCAAGUAUUUUAUUGUAAGAUAUUUUUUUACUUUUACAGUGAACUGAAAAAUUUGGGAUUUUACCGUAAAAAAACGGUCAUUUUCGUCGCCUAAAAUGUAGUGCUUUUUUAACAUCUUACUGUCAUUUUUUAAAUUGGUUCCACUAUUAAUUUCACAGUAAAAUUCUGGCGACCGAGCUGACAUUUAUUUUACCAUAAAAUGUAGUCUUUGUUUUUACAGUGCAAUUCCACUGUUAUUUUUUCAGUAAAAUUAUGGUGACUGAGCUGCAAAUAUUUUAUCGUAAGAUCAUAUUUGUUGUUACAGUGAACUGUAAAUUUUUUUUUAGAUUUUUCCGUAAAAAACUGGAAGCUCAGUCACCUAAAAUUUGUCUUUUUUAAACAUAUUACUAUACAUUUUUAAAAUGGUUCCACUAUUAAUUUUACAGUAAAAUUCUGAUGACCGAGCUGACAUUUGACCAUAAAAUUGACCUUCUUUUUUUUUACAGUGCAUUACUGUAAAUAACAUUUUAAACUAUGAUUUUACACCGCAUUACUGUGAAUUAAAAAUCGAUUCCACUGUUAUUUUUACAGUAAAAUUAUGGCGACUGAGUUGCGAGUAUUUUAUCGUAAGAUCUUUUUUUAUUGUUACAGUGAACUGUAAAAGUAAUUUUAAAUAUCAUUUUGCACCAAAUUACUGUGAAUUAAAAAUCUAUAGCACUGUUACUUUUUACAGUAACAUUUGUGUGUACAUGUUAAACCACAUUGUAAAAAACAAAACAAAUUGGGGGUUUUACUGUUAAAAAUUGGCAGCUCAGCCGCUAGAGUUUUACUGUAAAAAUUACGUUGGUUUUUACAUGGAAGUAACGUAAAUUGAAAAUCGAGUUGACUUUUUUUUUUUUUUUACAGUAACAUCAUGGCGACUGACCUGCUAGUAUUUUAACGUAAGAUCUGACUUUUUUUUUUUAACAGUGAACUAUACAUUUUUUUUGAGAUUUUAAAGUAAAAACUGUCAGCUUAGUUGCCUAAAAUGUUGUGUUUAACAUAAUACUGUACAUUUUAAAAUUGGUUACACUAUUCAUUUUACAGUAAAAUUUUGGCCACCGAGCUGACUUUUGACCAUGAAAUUGACAGUCUUUGUUUUUACAGUGCAUAACUGUAAAUAGAAUUUUAAAUAGAAUUUUGCUCCAAAUGACUUUGAAUUAAAAAUCGACUCCACUGUUAUUUUUACAGUACCAUUUGUGUGCACAUAAUAAACCACACUGGAGGCUUUACUGUAAAUAAAACAUCCAGCUACAUUCUUACUGUAAAAAUAAUGGUGUUUUUUACACGGAAGUAAUGUAAAUUGAAAAUUUGAAGAUCGAUUCCACUGUUAUUUUUAAAGUGACAUCAUGGCGACUGAGAUCGGACUUUUUUUUCUCACAGUGAAAUGUAAAACAUUUUUUACUGUAAAAAAAAAAACUAGCAGCUUAGUCACAUAAAAUGUAUGUGGUUUUUUUGCACAUGUUCUUGUCAAUUUUAAAAUUGUUUUCACUAAUAAUUUUACGGUAAAAUUCUGGCGACUUAGCUGACAUUUAUUUGACCAUAAAAUCGACACUUCUUUUUACAGUGCAGUACUGUACAUAGUAUUUUACACCCAAUUACUGCUUGACACCAAUAUUAUUGUUACAGUAACGUUAUGGCAACUGAGUUAGUAUUUUACUGAAAAAAAUGACUUUUUGUCAGUUUUUACUUUAAAACCAAAAGUCAUCAGGAUUUUAACUUAAAAUAAAAUUCAGUGUUUCUUACAGUGAAUUACUGUAAAUUGAAAGUCUAUGCUGCUGUUAUUUUUUCAGUAACAUUAUGGGGACUGAACUGCUAGUGUGUUAACAUCACUUCUGACGUUUUUUGUGUAUUACGGUUAAAAAAAAAUCGAUUUUACAGUAGUACUCCGGCAGCUGAGUUGAUGGAAUUUUACUAUAAGAUUAAAGUGGUUCUUACAGUGAAUUACUCUAAAUAAAAAUUGAUACCAUUUUUACAGUAACAUUAUGGCCACUGAAAUGUUAUUUUACCGUAAAAUCAGCCUUUUUUUUUGUUUUACAUAUUUUAAAUGUUUUUACACAAGUUAGUGUAUAUUUAAAAUCAAUACCAGUAUUUUACACUAUUUUGGCAACUGAUAUGCGAGUAUUUUACUGAAAAAUCUGAAUUAUUUUAUUAAAGUGAACUGUAAUUUUUUAAAGAUUUUACGUUAAAAAAAAUGUAAAAAAACAAACACAUUGUAAAUUUCACUUUACAAUGUUUUUUUUUACACAAUUUACUGUAAAUUUGUAAAAUUAAUUUAACCAAAAAAUCAAGGUUGUUUUUUACAAUACGUUACGUAAAUGAAAAAAAAGCACUGCUUAUUCUUACAGUUCUGGUGACUGAGCUGCCAGUUUUUACUGUAAAAAAAAAAAAAAAAAAAAAAGUCAAAUUUUCCAGUAACAUACUGACUGCUGAGUCGACACAAUUUAACCAUGACAUUUACAGUGGUUCUUGCACGGAAAACUGUAUAUUUAAAAUGGAUAACACUGUUAUUUUACUGUAACACUAUGGUGACGGACCACCAUAAAAUCUCCUUUUUGUGUUUAUAACAUUAAAAAAAAUAGACGUUACCAUACAAUUGAUGGUGAUUACACUGAAUUACUGUUAAUUGAAAAUCGGUACCAUUGCUAUUUUUUAUCAUUAAAUGCUGGCAACUUGUUUUUAUUC